GGUAGUAGAUGUAAAAUACUUUCCAACUUGAGCUCACAUCCAUGCUCAACGGACUACGGCAUGUUUCUGUCUUCACCUUAUUGGAAGUUCAUAUAGUUAUCACCGGUACGUCGUGUUAAUAUUAUAACGGGGAAAAUUUAUCCGGCGCUAGACUUGUGUUAAUGAUAGUGUGUACAAUCUAUUGAGAAACAUUUUUAUAACCCAAUAACAAUGGUGAGAUUUCUUAUCGUAUACAGUUUUAUUUUUUAUCUGAUGAUUUUGACUACUGUAGCCAUUCCAUACGACAUGUUGGCGAACCUUAUGGAAAUCUUAAAUUCCUCAAGAAACGAUAGAUCACCUUCUGUAAACGGACAAGAUGCUCAGAUAUCUCAGUAUUCUGAUACGCCUAGGCAAUCACGUUUGACUGGAGAAAUAUUUCACCCCGGAGAAACUAUGAGGUCCCCAUCGUACCAACCCGGAGAAACUGUUAGGUCUCCACUUUACCCACCUGGAUCGUCCAUUACGACGUCAGUCCACGUGACUAAAACCGUCAACAACCAGCUGCACCGACCUAUCUAUGGAGGCUACCAGGUACCAGAGGUCGGCUGGGAGCAAACUGGGUCUCUGUGGGAAACACCCAGUGUUCGUGAGUGGAGUAACCCGCACGCUGGCUUCAUCAGAGAAUGGGUUCACCCCCUUCGAUCAACAGCUGCCCGGGUUCGACAAAGUAUCAACUCAUUGGACGAUCUGUACUCACGACAGUUGCUAAUACACCCCGCCUACAGGCGUUCGGACGAUUCGUUUAGCGAAUACAUUCGACAAGCGACCUACGAUUGGUUAAGAACGUUAAAAAACGUCCAUUUUAGAACUCCUGUCACGACAGACAUUCCUCAUACAACAACAUCUCUUACCAGAAUGUCUACAACGUUAAGGCAGACCACCACUAUAAUGAUAGAUCGGAAUACAACAACAACAGCUUCAGUCAAUACAACGGUAGCAGACGACACAGCAUCAGAAACUGGCCCCGAGACGACGACAGCUGCUAUCAACAUGAGUUCUAGUAACAACACAGAGGAGAACACUACGUCAUACAUCAACUCUACACACAACACAACUCUUCCUCAAAAUACAGCACAAACCACUGUACCAACAACACCAACUUCCACAAGGUCUUCUAAUACCACCAGACCAACUUUAACAUCAACUACACCAAAUUCUACAACAAAACUAACUACAAAGGCGACUACACCAAAAUCAACUACCACAUUAACUACAUCAAUAUCUACUACUAAACCAUCAAUUACAUCUACAACAACCAGACCUACAACUGCGUCAAGUACAGCAACAACUACAUCUUCAUCAUCAACAAUACCUACAACAACAUCAGCUGCAUCUACAUCAACAACAACGUCUACAACAACAACUACAUCAACUAUAUCAACACGAACAACAAGGAGAACAACGAGAAGGACAACUACUCCCGCACUAAGAACCACUCAAGUCAUUAUCGAUCCUUUUAUUGACCAGGGUGUGGAAGGCAGUUUUCUUCCUGAUCAGCCAAACUUAGGAACCCGCUGGGGGCAACAUAUUGAACAUACAGCAGACAAUAUUAUCUGAUUGCUUCAAUAUCUCAUGAUAAAAACUAAAACAGGAAAAAGCUACCAAGUGAUUGGUUUGACAAAUGUUGAUAUUAUAAAAUAUUAGAUAUAUUUUCAAUUAAAUCUUUGAUAUUUCAUUUACAAAUCCACGUUUAAACUUCAUUUAAAAUGACGCGACUUUGCUGUGCUUUUUAUCUUUUAAUUUAAAAUGUUCUAUCAGAAGUAAAGCCUUUGAAUUUAUGUUUUACCCUGUUGAAUAACGAGUAAAGGGAAGCAUUUUAAUCGUAUGAACAACAUAGUUUUAGUACCGUUUCUGUUAGGUGGACGAAAUGUUAAUAUGUUAUUCAUAAGCCCUAGAUGUAGGGUUCAGUCAGCUGUUGAAGUAGUAGGCCUACUUCACUAUAUUUCCGAUUUCUCACAUUUUGAUAAUUUCACAUCACUUUCUCAUAAAUCAGCUUAUUCUAAAAACUUUUCGUCUCUGUUUUCUGUAGUGGCUUUGCCAUAAACGUUCCUAGCAUUUCUAUCGCAUAGUCCGAUUCUCAUGUAAGUGACACCCCAAUCCUCCUUGUUCAUUGUUAUUAAAGAGCAUACAUAAAACCAAGUAAGUUUACUAGAGCUUACUUUACUAGCGCGUUAUUUAUGGUAUAUUACUCAUAAAAAUAUUAAAACAAAAUCCAUAACUACUGAAUAUACUACAAUGUGGUCGGUAGCGCACGACUGCUUAUGUUGCGACAAAACUGAACACUUUAUCGCUAAGUUUCUAUCUGCCAAAUCUUAGAGCUUAAUCUAGAGUUUGUUAAGAAAAAUAAAUAUUUUAAACAUUAAGCGUUUGAUUCAUGUUAGUUUUUAUACAUAAAAAAACAGAUCCAGAUUGCAGAGCAGUAAACAAUAAAUUUUGUGUAUAAACCAAAAGUUUUCCUAGUAUUAUUUUCUGUAGUUGAACACGGCAUAAUAUAAUAAGGUGUAAAGCCACUGCAGGCUCACAAUCUCUGUUUCCUUCAUCACCCCCUGGGGUAGCCUAUUUAGUUUAUAAAUAUAGGUCUACGUACCGUAAUUUAAUUACCCCAUGGGCUGGGGUUAUAAAAAAAAUAA